AAAUUACCAAGGAUACAUAUUGUAUUCUUAUGGGGUUGAGUGCACAGCUCUUAGACACACAGGAUGUGGGCUAAAAUUCACCGAGAAGAGAAAAAAGAACUAUAUUGCCUAGAGCUAGAGUUUAUUUGGGCAGCUUUGAAUUCCAUCCUCUCCAACUGCUGUAUCCCUCCUCUGGUAGCCUGAAGCAUUUCUGCGAAUCGCAGAGGAAAGAGCCGGAGAGAUUUACGGCAAGGCUUGCUUUGAGCUACGAUGGAAGGCAGUACUACAUGCCACACUCCGGCCCUUCCUGCUCUCGUGCGCGCUCCUACCCUGAUGAUGCACCCUUCGCUGGAUAUCAAACCAUUUAUGUCCUUCCCGGUGGACAGUAGUUCUGCUGUUGGGCUCUUUCCCAAUUUCAACACAAAAAGAAGAGGCUUGUUUGGGACCAAUAAAUUCUGCCAGAUGGAUCCUGUGCAAAAAGCAGUUAUAAACCACACAUUUGGAGUGUCCAUUCCCCCCAAGAAGAAGCAAGUCAUUUCUUGUAAUGUAUGUCAGCUUCGCUUUAACUCUGAUAGCCAGGCCGAGGCCCACUACAAAGGAAGUAAACAUGCCAAGAAGGUCAAAGCACUAGAGGCAACGAAAAGUAAACCAAAAAUGGGUUCUUCCAAGGACAGCACAAAGGCUAAUCUCAGCUGCUCCAUUCCUCCCAUCACGGGCAACAGCUCUGACAAAUCAGACGAUAAAGAGAAAUCGAAAACCGAUAGCAGCAGUCAACCUUCCGCUACCGAAAGGGGCCCCUUCGUAGCUAAACCGGGAAACACCGCUUCAGUCCUAGGAAUGGCUACAUCUCUCUCCCAGAGCCCAAAUGGCUUGCCCAGUUCGAUUUCUGAAUCUGAAGAGGAAAAAGCCAAAAAGUUGCUUUAUUGUUCGUUAUGCAAAGUGGCUGUGAACUCCUUAUCCCAGCUGGAGGCUCAUAACACAGGGUCCAAACACAAGACGAUGGUCGAAGCCCGGAAUGGAGCCGGUCCAAUCAAGUCCUACCCGAGGCCCGGCUCCAGGUUAAAGAUCCAGAAUGGCAGUAAGGGCUCGGGAUUGCAGAACAAAACGUUUCAUUGUGAAAUCUGUGACGUCCACGUGAAUUCGGAAAUUCAGCUGAAACAGCACAUCUCCAGCAGAAGACACAAGGAUCGGGUAGCAGGGAAGCCAACGAAGCCCAAGUACAGCCCGUACAACAAACUUCAGCGCAGCCCAAGCAUUUUAGCGGCAAAGCUGGCAUUCCAGAAAGAUCUGAUCAAGCCUUUGGCUCCUGCUUUCCUCUCAUCUCCCCUGGCCGCAGCCGCGGCCGUGACCACCGCCCUCUCUCUGCCUCCCCGGCCUUCUGCUUCUUUAUUCCAGGCCCCGACCAUCCCGCCAGCUGUCCUGAGGCCAGGCCCCGGGCCCAUCCGAGCAACUCCAGCCUCCAUCUUGUUCGCUCCGUAUUAAGUUGGCGAAUGCUCACGUAACGGCGCAGGUAGGGAGGAGAGAGUGGAAGCAAAAGGCAGUUCAAUCGUAUACUUCUUUCUUUCUUUCUUUUAGUCACCAUUCGGGAUGGCCCUUCCUCUGAAACACACUACCGGUUCACGGGUGUUCAUGGGCCGGUACCAGAGCUUAAUCUGUUCUUGGGUGAGGGGUCAGGCUGCUGAAGGUCUGAAACUACACCCCAGUCAUUGUCCCACUGAAUCGGUGAAUGGAGUGGAGAGAGAAGCAGCGUGGUUUAGCAGAAAGAGCACGGGCCUGGGAGUCAGAGGACUGGGUUUUAA